AGAACGGGAAAAAAACUCGUGGAUCCUGCAUUUUUUUAGUAAUCCAUGAAGGUUCUACGGACUACACGUUGAAGCUCCAUUCAAGCAGUUGGGUCCUGCCGAGCGCCGAGGGCUUACCUUCGCCUCUGCGAAAAUGGAACCAUCUGAGACAGAUACGGUUGCCAUCCAGAACUCACUCCCCAAUGAUAUUGCCCUCAAAAUCGCGUCCUCUCUUCAGGCGUCGGAUCUUUGUGCUUUGGCUAGCUGUUCUCGGUUCUGGAGAGAGCUCUGUGCGUCAGAUUGCAUAUGGGUGUCUCUGUGCAGACAAAGAUGGCCGUGCUUUCAUUUGCGAGGAGAGUCUUCUGCUCAUACUAACGCCGACAGCUCACAGACUGGCCCAAUUAUGGAGUUGAAGCCCAAUCGAAAGGGGUGGAGGGAGAUAUAUAUCCAAGUUCACAAUGAAAUGGGGAGAAAAGCAGCUACUGUUAUUAAGUUUGUUGAACAAGCUUCCUCCUGUAAGUCACUGGAGGUUGGGGUCUAUCUGAAGGUCCUUGAGCACUGCUGCUUGAUGCAGCUUGAAUUUGAAGAUGUCCAAAUGUUCCUCUUUAAGCCAAACCUCAGUGUGCUGCAUAAUUUGGUGGGCUUACACUACUGCAUUACUGGGCUUGGUAUGCCGGCUGAGUUUAUUGUCGAAGCAUUGCAAAGGAACGGGAUUUCGGAGCGGCAGGUGUGUGUCAAAUGGUGGAAGCUUGGCAGGUGGCUUCAUCGUUUCCGCCUGCAGGAUGAAUCUUUUUCUCGUUGCCUCUCUUUGGGGGAUCUUGCAGGGGCCAGAGAAGAGAAAGUUCUUAGGGUGCUUCACCGGGGUGCCGUUCAUGAGGUGUCACGUGUACAGAUCAUCAGUGUCGCCAAUCCCACUACCACUUCCUCGUCACAUCAAAUUGCACAAACACAUGAGUAGGAAAUGAUUACCUUGGAAUCUGUACAAUGGUCCUUUGCUCCAUCCUUGAUGAGACAUUUCUAUGGAUAUGCUGAGUGCUGAGUGCUGUGUGCAUAUGUCUGUAUGUAUAUAAUUGUAUAUCUAUGUAUUGCAGUAGUCUAUCUCUCUCCUGAACAUUCAUCAAAGAGGAGACACGUGCUUAAUAUGUGUAAUUCUAUAGCUGACUGUAACGGACUUAUGGUUGGAGAGACAUGAAGUGGCUUCAAGGUUCAGUAUUGACAGCAAAA